UGAGCACCCGGCAGAUAUCAGAGCAGGCAAACGGUCGUUGCUUGCUCUGGUAUCGCCCAAUAAUAAUAGCGGCAUCGUUCUUCGGCGUACAUAUAAAAGUGCGCACCAAUGGCUGCCUCCUCCAACACGAUCGUCGCCGUCGUUGCCCUCCUCUACUUCGUCGCCGUGACGGCCGGUGCCAAGGCGUCAACUGCCCCCGCGCCGGCGCCUUCGUCCGGCAGCUUCUUCCAGGAGACAUGCGAAAGCGCCGGCCUGAACGCGGUCCUGUGCGUAGAACCGCUGUCGUCGGACACGGCGGAGCAGUCGCCGGCUGAGACAAGCAGGUUCGCCCGCGCGCUCGUGCUGCGGGCGAAGCAGAACGCCUCCGAGACGGCGGCGCACCUCCCACACCCGUACGACUCCGAGAGCCUCGAGAGCAAGCCCUUGGAGCUCCAGCGGUGCUUCCAGGGCUGCAAGAAGAGGUACGAAGCGGCGGUGGCCUAUCUCGGCGACGCGGCGGUGGCGCUGGAGAAGGGCAAGUUCGACGACGCGAACCUGCUGCUGGGGACCGUGCAGGCGCAGGUGAAGCUGUGCCAGAGGGGGUGCCAGGCCGUGCCGCCGCAGUGGGAGCUCAUCGAGCGCAACCGCAAAGUCCAAAGCCUAUGCAACGUUGCCACAGCCGUUACCCGGAUGCUCCCGCGACACUGAAAACUGUCUGCCAUGCGGUAGCCGUCCAUCUCUACAUGUACGGGGUGUGGUCGGUUCUGUUUCGAUCCAUCCAUCCAUGGAUCUCGGCAGUUUGAUGUGAUUCCACCUAUAAAUACAUACAUCUUCCUUCC